AUGUCUGGACGCCAACAAAGAGUGUUGGUGCAGCCCAUUAAUGUGAUCUUCAAAAACCUCCAGCAGCGAACAAAAAUCGUUAUAUGGUUGUAUGACAACAUCGAGAUGCGGAUCGAAGGGCGCAUCAUUGGAUUUGACGAAUUCAUGAAUGUCGUGAUCGACGAAGCUGCAGAAGUCUACGUCAAAGACGCCAAACCACGACGAGAACUUGGUCGUAUACUACUAAAAGGCGAUAACAUCACCCUCAUCCAGCAGAUAGUAUGA